GCGGUCAUUUCAAAAAAUGUUUUAAAUGUCAAGUUAAAUGUUUUUAACAUACCUAAAAUACAUUCUUCUCAUGGAUUUAUGUUUCUUACAUGCGUGGAAUGUAAGAGUUGCAGAUCAUGUGCAAAAGGCUCUUUUUCUUAUGUAAGGUAAAAAAUGUCAUCAUCGACUUUUUCUACUUUGGUUCAAACGAAAUCCAUUAAACAAGUUCUUUCGCCAAUUGCCACUCAAGUGUCCAACUUGAUAUAUUUGAAUGACAAAGGCCCACAGAAUCAGCAUGGUUUUCAAGACUUUGUUGCAUCGGCCGAACAUAUUUUCAAUACUGUGCAAGCCUUGACUGACACUGGAUGUCGGUUGGCACAAGAGACAUAUGACGAGCAAUUACGUUGUGAUAUGCCUAAGGCAUGCAGUCAAGUCCUUGAGGCUGGAAGUAACUUGUUGUCAGCGGCAAGACAACUAAGAGUUGACCCAAACAAUGAAUCAAUAAGAACAUUAUUGGGUCAGUCUGCCCGAAAAGUUCUUGAAUACACCGUGAAUGUUCUUCUUACUUCCGAUGAUGCAGAAGUGCGAAAGAUCAUUUGUGAAGCAAAUACCGUCCUUAAAAUUCUAUGGGAUUUGAUGAAAUUUCAGACUUGGUUGGAAUUCAGAAAGCACUUUCAAAUAUUCCAUGACAGAGUUUCGCAGUUCCUGCAUUCUUGUGAAAUGAGACGAAAUGAACUUGUCAGCCCUGUUCAACAAGAAGUUAUAUCAGCUUCGAUGGACAUGGUUUUGAAAGCCGAACCAAAAUUGUUGUCCAUCAGCCACGAGUACCUACAAAAUCCAAACCAGAUAACGCUGAAGGCUGCACGUGACAACGUCGUGGGGGAAAUACUUAAGGCAUGCACGCAAAUCAUGCAGAUUGUUGAAACUAAAACUUCGGCUGCAGAAUACACAACAAGAGAGGCUGCGUACAGUCAGACUUGGGAUGGUGGUGGAAAUGAGAACUUGUCGCAGAAACAGAUCAGAUCAAAACCUAGUGUGUUGCCGUCAACGAGUGAGAAUUUGGAUAUGCCGUCACCUAGUGUGCUGCAGUCGACAAGUGACGACCAGGACCGAGCGUUGCCGAGCGGAUUGCCUUUACCGAGUGAUGACUUGGAUUACUAUCUAGACGCAAUUGUGCGCAACAGUUUGGCCGUUGCUGAAAAAUGUGAAAAUCAGAAACGCAAAAUUCGAAUCGCCCAAGCUUGUCAUGAGGUUCUGGAAACGCGAAAUGAAUUAAAUAAAGCUCAGGAAGUCCUAUCGUCCAAACCAAUGUCUGAGAGACUUAGAAACGAGUUUGACUUAAAGGCGGACAAAUUGCAACAGUGUUUGCGAUCGUUGGAUUGUCGUGUUACCAUGUCGAUCAUUGCCGACAUGUGCACGGUGUUCUCCGAUGUGGACACCCAGCUUCAUAACGUGGUAACUGCGGCAACCAUUCCUUUGCCUAACGACAGUUUGUUGAACUAUAACCAGGCAAUGAGUCGACUGAAGCAAUCUCAACAGGCUUUCCUCGGCUAUUCUGAAAGACUUUGCCAGGCUGCAUCUAAUGCAUCAUCUGUGGCUGCUGAACCACACCACGUCUACAUGAUACGCUCUGUGAUUGGACAAAUAGAGGCUAUCACUCCCCAGAUUAUCGGCAUAUCUUCGGAGGUCCGUCAACAGCCACAAAACGGCCAAAACGUACAAAAUCUGAAGGCCCUUCAACAGACAUGGCGAAAGCAAGUCGACACACUGUCUGAUCUCUCUUUGCACUCCGUUACUUCUGCGGAUUUUCUCGACACGACCGAAGCGUUAUCUAGAGAAUGUCUCAUCAAAUGUCAAGACGCACUGACCGCGUUAGAUUUCGAGAAGUUGACUCAGGAGAUAACGUUGUUGGUCGGUAUGUCUCAAAAAGCUGUUCAAGUAUGCGUCAGCGAAACACAGCGCACAGCCGAUCCGCUUUUCAAGGGCAGAUUGACAGAGAUUACGUCACGUGUCAAUUCUGUCUUACCAGAAGUAGCCUCGCUAUCAACCGAGGUUAUUUGCCACAUUCACGAUUCACGCAACCACGUGAAGUUCUUAGAACAAGCAAUGGUACUUGUGGAUAAAUUAGGUGAAAUGAGAUCAAUCGUAAAGAGAUCACCUCUUUAUCUUAAAGACAACAGCUUUCAAGAUGUCGAUCACAAGCAAGUCGCUGCCCCGUCGAUUUAUUUGAGCCACACUCCCACAGGUUAUCAUUCGAGUCAGGAGAUUUCUAACGUACGACUCACUCCGAGCCCCCUAAACAACACCAACAGCGGUAAUUCAAGAAGUGGAUUGAUGGGCAGAAAUAGCCCAGUUGAUGAAAAUGCUCUCGUGAGAAAUGGCAGCAGUUUAACUGGAAGAGAUAGUGGAAUUGUUUUGAAUACAGGCAACGUUGCAGCGAACAAUUCACCUGUGUCACAAUUAUCUCCAGGCGUACGAAAGAAUCGUGCCUCCCAUGACAUAGAAAGUUAUGUGGAAGAGACAAGGCGCUGUCUGUUGCUUGGAUUAGUCCUCGUUGAAGCUGACGAUAUUCAAAUGCUACGAAAGCUUUCGGCUUUGCUACGUUCGUCUCCGAUGUCUCUAAUGUCACGAUUACUCGACGCCGUGUCACAAUCAGACUACGCUUUAGUUGAGAGGCGUUGUAACGAGUUGGCGCGUCGUGCAGCAAGUUUAAAGGACUUUGUCGACGAGCCAGCUUUAAGACGAGCAAAAAACAAAGAAGUAUCAAGUCUUGCGAUCAACAAAUCCUCGGAGGUUUACGAAAGCACGGCUGAUGUCGUGCAACUCGCGUGGAAAGUGGCUGCCAAUCCCGGAGACUCGAAGGCGAGCUCUCAACUUCGCUUGAAAUGCGAUAAAUGGAGCGAAGAACUGGACAUCGUUCGUGCAACUGUGGACAAGUUAGUCAAUCCGUGGUCUGCUUUCGCUUCAUGUGUUGUGAUUGCCAUCACUCUGAAAGACCAAAAAUUACUUUUACAGCAGAUAAAGAACUUCAGGGUCCACGUACUGCGCUUGCGUGAAUUGGCGUCUUCCGCAAAAGCUGCGGCUGAUGCAGAAGAUGCGGUCGACGUCAGCGGAGAGGGGGAAGUACCAGCGAGAAACCUGGACUCGUUAAAAAGAAUCGAACUUGUCAUGGUAAAGUCCGCUGAAAUGGACGAGUUGACGAACCGGUUCAUUAUAUUUGUUAAGGAAAUCAUGAAAAACUUCGACAAAUCUCCCGACUUCAUCACAUUGGAAUUCCUUCGUCGCGAUUGGGCUUGCAAGGUUCAGUCUCUAAUUUUCGCUGUCGAUGAUAUCACAGCUGGGACUUCGGCACCUGUCGAUGGCAUCUGCACGGCAGCAUUGCAUGGUAAUGCUCAGGUCGUCAGAGAUCGUGGAAAGUUAUUGAACACGUACAUUGUCAAUCUGAAAGAAAUGGCGGACGGCUGUUCGGCUUAUUGUCGAGACAAGGAAAAGGCAAAUAAAGCACAAGAGACUGUGGAAUGUGUUGUGGAGCUUACACAGAAAUUUCAGGACGCUGUGUUGAUCGUACGAGACAAAGUACGAGGUGACAUGAGCACUGUAGAGGCAAGUUUGUCUUUUACGUCACACGCGGAGAAAAUGGUUUUGUUGCAACGAGAGUGGUCUGCAAAGGUUCAUCUAUUCACUUCCCUGAUUGACGACAUGACCGCUGACGUUUCAGCUCACGUGGACAGGCUCGCGGGCGCAGCACUAAACGUGAGUCGUGUUGACCGCAACAUGAAACUGGAGUACUUACGCGAUUUCGAAGGGCAGUCCAAUAAACUUUCGUCAAAAGUGGCUCGCGUCAGAAAUCACGCGUGUUUAACAAUCAGUAACAGUGCAGACGAGGAGAAAGUUAGAAUGGUUAGAGUCACGUGUGACUUUUUAGAUCGCCUUACACCACAAGUAAUUGCUGCUGCAAGAGGCUUAGCGGAUAAUCCCGAUCAACCGACUGUGGAACACUUUCAAAUGUUACGUCGUCAGUGGUCAUCACGUGCCCAUUUCCUGAUGGCAAACCUGAAAGGUUUGAAAAACGUUCAAUACUCCUCCGUGGAAGCUAUCACAAAAGAACUUUUGGGCUCCCUCGAUGAUACAGAACAGCGAAAUAAUGCGAUGUAUACCUAUGGUCAUACUUUAAGAGAUACCGCACUUUAUUAUAACUCUCCCAUCGAUCCAUCAACAUCAAAUGGUAUCCAUUCAAAUGGCAAUCCUGUUUAUUCACGUACUUCAUCGAUGAAGGGAGCUGUUGCCACAGGCGAACGUGUGGAUGUAACUAGCACGAAGGAACGUAUAGAUGAUCUUAAGGACUCGUUAAAUGAAAUUGAUGGUUUGGUGACAUCUUUGAGUGAUUUUGCCUUACAAACUCAGAAAUCGGACAUUGGACCUCAAGAUUGCAGUAUUCGAUCAAGUGAGGCCUCCAGCUUGUUAAGUCGCUACGACUGUUCUCAAAUAAACCAUACUGAAAAUAAUGGAAGAGAAAUGGAAAGAGUGAGGGAUCAGUUUGAUGGUUCACAAGACUCGUUGCUUCGUAUCGAUUCGACAGAGUCGUUGGACGAAACUGAUAUGAGCCGCCCUUUUUAUGGUCCAGCAGUAAUCCGAAGGACUUCGAGUUUGGAUGGCUUAAGUAAACCAUGGAGAACGAAUGGAUUAGUGGACGCUAAACGAAAGAAAUCAUCUUCUUCCAUAGCCCGUGCUGCGGCCCAUUUACGAGACGAAACAGAGAAGUGGGAGGACGAGAACAACAGUUUUGUGCGCGUGUCAAAAUCCAUCGCUCGUCACAUGUUCACGAUCGCAGAUAUAACAAGAAAACGAAGUAGUAGAAAGGAUACUUACGAAAUGAUGAGGAAUGCAGAGAAUAUUAUUAAUGAAUGUCGAGUCAUUUUUGAGUUUGUAAAAAUCAUCGCUGAGCAGUGCGCGGAUCAACAGUCUAAAGAAAGUGUACUUCGUUUGGCACAAGCCAUUCGCUCUUUGGGCACAAGGCAACUUAAUAUCGUAUCGUGUUUGAAGUGUGCAAGUCAAGAUAGAUUAGUUGAAAACAUAAUCGUUAGAAGUUCUCACAAUUUGACAAAUGCCAUAGUUCAAACGAUGAGGGCUGUUGAGCGUGCAACGAUCAAGGGCCUCAGCCGUCCCUCCGAAACAGACGAUGGUCAUAUAGAAGAAACCAGCGUUGUUUUCGAAUGGAAAAGAAAAUUAAAACGUGAAAAAAGUUUGGAAGCGACAUCGCUUGAGCAAGGGAACGUGAGUCGACGCAUGCUUGAUAAGAGCCUCUCCAAUUCAUCUUUAGUGACUCUUUUGGAUAUCUAAAACUGAAGGAAGGAAUCAUGUGAUUGCUGAAAUCGAGCUUAUUUUACAGUAGUUACACAUUUCAUAAAGUUUUGAAGUUGUGUGCGAAUUUUGUUUCGCGUCUCGAGGAAUUGACAAUUUUGCAUUUUAUAUUACUUUCAUGAUACUACUUUAUUUUCCCAUAGCAACCUUUGGAUAUAAGAAUGAAAUCCAAUCAAGCAGGUUGCCAAAAAAAUCAGUUACCAAUAGGAGUAUGUGGAUACUCUUAUUGUCUAUGUUAAGUUCUUCUGCGCAUACGGUUGUCACGGCAAGCGGCUAUCAAUUCAAAAAUGUGAAUAAAUUACGUAUUUAGAAA